CUUGGUAUCGUCAUUCGCUGUGAACCAUCGAAAGCGCUGACGACUUCUGGACAUGAAUCUAAGAGCAAGUGUGUUAACGACCGUGUGGGUCCUAGUCGCUGUAACAGCAGUCGACGCAUCACCUGUAGGUGAAUGUCCACCAGUAGAUGCGCUGGAUCACACAGACCAUCUACCAGACAGCAAAAACUGUUCACUUUUCUACAAAUGUGAUCACGCAGCACCUGUAUUGUUUAUAUGUCCUGAUGGGCUCCACUUCAACCCUGUAUUGGAAGUAUGUGACUGGCCAGACCGUGCAGGCUGUUCAGGUGGAUCACCAUCAACUGUAGCUCCCAGCUCACCCUCAGCUGCUCCUACAAGUGCUGCCACAACAGCUGCUCCAACGGCAGCACCAAGCUCUACAGCCAAUCCGACAUCUGCUCCAUCAGGAGACUGCCCAGCAGUCGGCAGUUGCCCACAAUAUGAAGACGAGAACUCUAUUGCUAAGCACCUUCCCCAUGCCACAAACUGCAGCCAGUUCUGUAAAUGCGACCAUGGAAAACCUGUCACAUUCGACUGUCCUGCUGGACUCCACUUCAACCCUACACUAGAAGUAUGUGACUGGCCCGACCAGGCAGGCUGUUCAGGUGGAUCAGCGUCUACUGCAGCUCCCAGUUCACCCACAGCUGCUCCCACAAGUGCAGCCACAACAGCAGCUCCAACGGCAGCGCCAAGUUCAUCAACAUCUGCUCCUACAAGUGCUGCCACUACAGCAGCUCCAACGGCAGCACCAAGCUCAACAGCCAAUCCAACAUCUGCCCCAUCAGGAGAUUGCCCAGCAGUCGGCACUUGCCCACAAUAUGAAGAUGAGAACUCUAUUGCUAAGCACCUUCCCCAUGCUACAAACUGCAGCCAGUUCUGUAAAUGCGACCAUGGAAAACCUGUCACAUUCGACUGUCCUGCUGGACUCCACUUCAACCCUACACUAGAAGUAUGUGACUGGCCCGACCAGGCAGGCUGUUCAGGUGGAUCAGCGUCUACUGCAGCUCCCAGUUCACCCACAGCUGCUCCCACAAGUGCAGCCACAACAGCAGCUCCAACGGCAGCGCCAAGUUCAUCAACAUCUGCUCCUACAAGUGCUGCCACUACAGCAGCUCCAACGGCAGCACCAAGCUCAACAGCCAAUCCAACAUCUGCCCCAUCAGGAGAUUGCCCAGCAGUCGGCACUUGCCCACAAUAUGAAGAUGAGAACUCUAUUGCUAAGCACCUUCCCCAUGCUACAAACUGCAGCCAGUUCUGUAAAUGCGACCAUGGAAAACCUGUCACAUUCGACUGUCCUGCUGGACUCCACUUCAACCCUACACUAGAAGUAUGUGACUGGCCCGACCAGGCAGGCUGUUCAGGUGGAUCAGCGUCUACUGCAGCUCCCAGUUCACCCACAGCUGCUCCCACAAGUGCAGCCACAACAGCAGCUCCAACAGCAGCACCAAGUUCAUCAACAUCUGCUCCUACAAGUGCUGCCACUACAGCAGCUCCAACGGCAGCACCAAACUCAACAGCCAAUCCAACAACUGCUCCAUCAGGAGAUUGCCCAGCAGUCGGCACUUGCCCACAAUAUGAAGAUGAGAACUCUAUUGCUAAGCACCUUCCCCAUGCUACAAACUGCAGCCAGUUCUGUAAAUGCGACCAUGGAAAACCUGUCACAUUCGACUGUCCUGCUGGACUCCACUUCAACCCUACACUAGAAGUAUGUGACUGGCCCGACCAGGCAGGCUGUUCAGGUGGAUCAGCGUCUACUGCAGCUCCCAGUUCACCCACAGCUGCUCCCACAAGUGCAGCCACAACAGCAGCUCCAACAGCAGCACCAAGUUCAUCAACAUCUGCUCCUACAAGUGCUGCCACUACAGCAGCUCCAACGGCAGCACCAAGCUCAACAGCCAAUCCAACAUCUGCCCCAUCAGGAGAUUGCCCAGCAGUCGGCACUUGCCCACAAUAUGAAGAUGAGAACUCUAUUGCUAAGCACCUUCCUCAUGCCACAAACUGCAGCCAGUUCUGUAAAUGCGACCAUGGAAAACCUGUUACAUUUGACUGUCCUGCUGGACUCCACUUCAACCCUACACUAGAAGUAUGUGACUGGCCCGACCAGGCAGGCUGUUCAGGUGGAUCAGCGUCUACUUCAGCUCCCAGUUCAUCCACAGCUGCUCCCACAAGUGCAGCUACAACAGCAGCUCCAACAGCAGCACCAAGUUCAUCAACAUCUGCUCCUACAAGUGCUGCCACUACAGCAGCUCCAACGGCAGCACCAAACUCAACAGCCAAUCCAACAACUGCUCCAUCAGGAGAUUGCCCAGCAGUCGGCAGCUGCCCACAAUAUGAAGAUGAGAACUCUAUUGCUAAGCACCUUCCACAUGCAUCUGACUGCACCAAGUUCUGCAAAUGUGACCAUGGGACACCUGUUACAUUUGACUGUCCCGCUGGACUCUAUUUCAACCCUACACUCGAAGUAUGUGACUGGCCAUACCGUGCUGGCUGUGCAAAUAGUUCGGCUUGAAAGACAUGUGCUACCAGUAUGGCUCUAUAGCUUCAGCCUACCAAUAUGGCUACUAUAGCUUCAGCAAAACCAAGUGGUUGUACACCUGGUAUACCCACAGUGCUAUUCGCCGAUAAAGACGCUUAUGAAGCAGUUUUAGCAUGUCUUACAUAUGUAGAAGAUUCUAUUGUUAAGCAUCUCGGACGGAGAACCAACUGAGGUGUAUAUUGCUUUUGCAGUCAUGGCGCACCAAUCACUGAAAAAUGUUCUUUUGAGCUGUUUUUCAGCGUGAAACUACAGGUGUGUGACUGUCCUCUUGACUGUAUAUGUAACUAAGUGAAAAUCUAAUAGAUGAAUUUAUAUUUAAAUUUAUAUUUCUUUUUAUUCAUGUCAUUGUACUAUGUGCAAAUUAAUUUCAUAAUACACAGCGAAGCGCUACGUUUAGUUUUACUGAACUCAUAUUUAGACUCUUUACGUAGACAUAGAAAGAGCAGAUGUCACAUAUGUUGAAAUGUUUUUGUUGCUCCGCUGAAAUACAAUGCCCAUUUUUGUUUUCGAGUCAAUAUAAUAAAUAAUGAUUGCAUUUAAAA